CCGCGUGCGUUAUGCAGGUGAGCAUCCGUCCGUGUACGUACGGGCUGCCAGACCCGAAUGGCUGCUGCCAGUGGCUACGAGCUAAGCAACCUUGCCCCACACCAUCCAUCCCACACCACAGCACACCCCAUGGCAAACCCCUCUUCACAAUGGUCCUCCCCAGUAGGUGAAUGAAUUCACACCUGUGUCAUCUCUCUCUCUCAUCUGAGUGUACGUGUGUGUGUUGUGUGUUGUGUGUGUGUGUGUGUGGCUGCAGCAGGCUACUCAGGCGACGCAAAACAUGGCAUGGAAUGGAUAGAAUCUGUGGACGGAAUGGAUGGAUGGAUGGAUCAAGGAAUGGAUGUAACGUAACCGACUCACAACAAUCCCCUGCCCCCGACUGACAACAAACGAUUGGCCUGCCUAGCUACCCACUCACUCACUCACUCACUGCAUAUGUAUGUGCGAUACCACCCAUACCAUCCCCCCGCUCGGCCUCUCUCCCCUACGCCAUACAUCCCCCCGCCCCGCCCGCCACCCCAGGAAGUACGUGCCCUAUCUAUCCACUGCAGUCAUUGCAUGUGUGUCUGUGUCGGUGAUCAUCAGAUGAGGUCGGUCAUGGUCAGUAGAGCAGCUCCAUUUGUUCGUCCCUGACGGCAGCAUCGAGGUCGAUGGCGGUGCAGUUCUGCACGGCAUACAGCAGCCUGGACCGGAGGAUCUCGGGGGAGCUGUAGGUCGGCAGCACCAGCCGGAAGCCGCACGUGGCGCUCGUCGGGAGGCGGUUGUCGCGCACCUGGAUGUCAUUCACAUACGCAGGCAGACACACACGUAGGUCGGUCAUUGCAUUGGGGCGGCACAUUGCGUCGCGUCGCGUGUGUAUGGUAGGUAGGUACUGACUUCGUGUGACUCGAGGUCGACGCUGAGGCGCCAGUCGUUGCGGGAUGUGGGCAGACGAGACCGACCCGACACAAACCUGAUUGAUUGACACAGAAUACAUACAAAGAUCUUCUUGCUUGCGUGAGGGUGUCUGUCUGUCUGUCUAGUGUACCUGAGGAAGUUCUGCAGUUGUUCGUUGGUGAACGUGUGGAGUAUGUCGAAGAGCCGCUGCUUGAGACCGGGGUCAGACGAAAUGGUGUGGCUCUGCAGCACCUGCAGGUCGAUCCGGCCCUCACCGCAAACCAGCUGCUCCAGCUGACAAGGCGAAUACAGCAGCCGCAGCCGGCCCAGGGGCAGCACCGACCCUACACCUUGCAACAACCGCUGCAGCCCCUUCUGCCCCUCCUGCAGACGACACUUCUCCGACAGGGAGAUGAACAGCGGCAGGUUGGCGCUCGUCACCGGCACGUCGGCGCCGCCCUCGAUGAGCUCGAAGGCCACGCCGGUGCUGUCCUCCGUCUGGAAAGUCAGGUCGCCCAGCGAUAAACGCACCUGACAAACAGAGAGAACACAUAUGCAGACGGGCAUUCUCUGUCUGCCUUGUAUGUCCAUGUGUCUGUCUGUCUGGUUGGUGGUUACCUGUUCGUCCCACGCUUGAUGUCCCUCAAUGGCGAGUGCCCUCAUCUGCCGCAACAUCUCGACAGCCACACUGUCGGCGUCAUUAAGGUCCUGGCAUGGCAUGGCAUGCAUGAGGGACAAAACCACAAUGAAUGUCCAUCCCAUCCGAUGGCCAUCCGUCCAUCCCGUCCGUGUGUCUGUGUGUAGGUGCAUCCGUCCGUCAGUCACCUGUAGUGAUAUGGGCAUGGCCGUGAGCUUCUUCCAUAUGAGGGGGUUGAGUGUGAGGUUCAGCGGCGAGGCUAUCGUCAUGACCAUACCCAUGAACCGCCCCAGCGCCUCAAGCAUCCUGAGCUCCGCCUUCACGCGCUGAUCCGCACCAGACAGGCCCUCCUCGCCCUCCCCAAUGUCGCCAGCCGAGCCCCCCCUCUGGCCAGACUCCGAUGGCGGGUCCCGCCUGUGUGGUGGGUGGGAUGGGGUGACCUCUCGGUCUCUGGGUGCUGCCCUGCGUGGCUGCUGCCACCGCAGACCCGCCUGUGCUGCGUCAUUAAUGGUGAAUGGGUCUUCGUGGAGCGCCGACGUGUGUGUGGGGUCUGGGUAUCCGUAGCUGAAGUGGUCGUCGGUCACUCCGGGCCGGUUGGGGUGGCGACGGGGGGACGGGCUGCGGGCGCGGCGGUCGCGGGAUUGGAGGGAAUCGUCACUGAGAGACACAGAAUACAGAGAAAAGAGGAAGCAAGCCAUCACAUCAUGUAUGUGUCGUCAGAUCCGUUCAAGGACUGACAUACCGUCCGAUAGAUCCAGCAGUCCCCCUUGGAGACGAGAACGACCUGGGCCGGCCCCCAGCGGCAGCAGCGGCUCCCAUGCCGGUGGUGUCGUCGUCCCCCUCCUUGCCCUCAUCGUCCUUGUCGCUCCGCAGCGACGACCGAUCAGCGCCUCUCGGUGGCUGGGGGGGCGGAGGGGGACCGGGGCCAUCGUCCUCCAUGGGUCGCGCGCUAAGCUCCAGGGCCAUGCGCAGGUCGCGG